AUGGUUCUGGAUCAUGCCGUUGACGAGGCGGCUCUUAUGGAGGACGAGGCGGCGAACGACGGCGGCGCCGGGUGGGACGAGGACGGCGCAGCGGCGGCGCGACGCGUCCACGCGAAAGCGCUCGCCGCGAUCGCGACGCCGCGGGCACGCGGGCCGAAGAACAAUGACUGGAGUAGCGCGCGUAAGGCUUCCGAGUGGGGUGCCGCUUCUGCCGCCGCUGGUUCGCUUUCUAGUUCGAGUUCGGGAUCGCGCACGGGCUCUAUGGCUGCUGCGGCAGCAGCGGCGGUGCAUGUUUCGCCUGAACGGGGUGGUAACAGCCGGUUGCAUUCGCGAGCGCGAAGCUCUUCGCAGGUGGACGCCGAGCGAAGCUCGUCACCUUGGGGAAACGGGACGGGGCGAACGGCUGGCGGAGGCGCGGAUGGGGGAAGCGCGGGCGGAGAAAGCGCGGUUGCGGGAGUCAGGAGGGGGAGAGUGAGCGGAGGAGGCGGAGGGGCGGGAUCCGCGGUGAGUAAGCCGACAGGUGCGUUUGAAGCACGUUUCGCGCCGGCGAUGGCGGAGAGGCCUCCCGUACCUGAAGGCCUGCAGGAUCUCUCCGUGUUUUACGGCGCUUCGAGGGAUGAUAUCGCGAGCAGCGACAGCGUUAUAUUUAACCCAGCAGGCGGCGCCGUAUCCGAUCAUAACUCGGACAUAGCGCUUCUGAUGAACUCGCCUGCUUCCCUUGCCCCUGCUGCUGCUGCUGCUGCUGCUGCUGCUGCUGCUGCUGCUGCUGCGGGAGGUGGUGGUGGUGCUGCGGGUGGUGGUGGCGCGGCGGAAGCGGCACCACCGUCGCCACGAGGUCUGCAUGUUUCGCCAAAUGCCACGUGGACCAAUCAGAAACCAGCAACGUUGGGAAGAGUGGCAGGUGGCGGUGGGAGGACCCACGCGGCAGGAGCGCAGGGAACAGGCGCAUCCGGAGCGGGUGCAAUUGGCGCAGGCCCAAGCGCGAUUUCGCCCAUGGCGGCAGCCGCCAUUCGCGGCGGCGGAUUAUCCGCGAUGUCGCCGCGCCUGCUGAAAUUCCUGGUCGAGGAUAAGCCGGGAGCGGCGGAGCGGGGCGCGGGGAGAGCAGGGGAGGGGAAGCGGGGCGGAGACAGGCGCGUGCGCCAGAGCGGAAGCGGGGACGAGACCGCGGAGGGGAGGGGGGGGGCAGGGGGAGACGAGCGGGGGAGGGUAUCGUCGCGGUCGCGCAGCGGGCCGCUCUCCGCGCGAGCCAGGUCGCGCGCCGCUGCGUCUAUGGGCGGCGCCUUCCGUGUGCCCGCGCCGUUGCACUCCCCUCUCUCCAGCUCGCCAGCGUCGUCUGAUUCGUUAUUGUCGUCCCCGCUAGCCCUCCCCGCGCCGUCCCCGUUAGCGCAGUCCUCGAGUUUCGGUAGAAGCGCCGGCGCCGCGGCAGCAGCGGUUGCCACUCACGCGAGAAGCGGUCUGGGGAGUGCGUCUGUGCCCUCUCCUACACGCACCUCGCCUACAAUCACAUCACCCACCAAACCAACCUCCCCGCUAGCCCCCUCCGCUGCCCCCGCAACCGCGGGGCCGUCCGCGUCUGUUGCGCAGGCGGCGGCGGCGGGGUGGCAAUCUUUCCGGCGGCCCGCCGCGCUUGACCUUGGACGGCUCCUCGCGCCCGGCGCUCCAGGCGGGGAGGAAUCCGACGGUGAGGAUGAGUUUAGCGAUGACGACGCUGACGUCAGCGAGGCCGUGGCUGUAACGGGUCCGGCCGAGCCGCCAGGUUCGGGGAGAGCUGCUUGGCCAGGCUUGGGAACAGCCGCCGAUCGCGGGGAGCGGCUGGAAGGGGUUGAGGGUUACUCUGAUGUGACGCGGCGGUAUGAGAUGGGGCGGAAGGUGGGGCAGGGGCGGAAGGGUGUGACUGUAUAUCAGUGUGUGGAGAGGCACACAGGCAGGCAGUACGCGUGUAAGACUAUAGACAAGGUGACUCUAACGGGGGGCAGGAAGGAGGAGGCGGUUCGCACGGAGGUGGCGAUUAUGAGGAAGCUGCAGGGCCAUCCGCACAUAGUGGAGAUUAAAGACACGGCGGAAGAUGCUAAGUUCGUGCACAUAAUAAUGGAGAUGUGUUCAGGGGGCGACCUGCUGGACUACAUCAACACUCAGCUGUGCAUCUCGGAGCGGGAAGCAGCCACCAUCCUGCGCGUGCUCGUGCAGACCAUCCACUUCUGCCACGUCAGCAGCAUCAUGCACCGCGACCUAAAGCCCGAGAAUGUGCUGCUGGGCUCGCCCGGCCAGUGGUGGGACCUGCGCGUGGCGGACUUUGGCUUUUCUGUGCCGCUGAGAGCAGGCCAGCGCAUGAAGGGAUACGCGGGGUCGCCCUUCUACAUGGCGCCGGAAGUGCUUGACGGGCUGUACGGCCACGAGGCAGACAUAUGGAGCCUCGGGGUCAUCCUCUACACGCUGCUUUCCCAGAAGCUUCCCUUCUGGGACGACACGGACGCGGGCGUGUAUGAGCUGAUCCGGCGCUGCGAGGUGGACACGAGCUCAGGCGUGUGGCCGCUGGUGUCGGGGGCGGCGAAGGACCUCGUGCAUCGCAUGCUGGCGUUUGAUCCGAAUCACCGACUACCGCUGCACCUCAUUCUAGAACACCCAUGGGUGGUUACUAACACGACAGUCGACAUUCCCCGCGUACCCUCUAGCGCGUCAGUUUCCUCGGAAACUUCCUCUCUCGAGCCGCACUCGUCCGGGCGGCGAAAGAAAGAUAUUGCUAGAUCUGCCGGAACCAUCUUUUCGUCCCGGGCUCAGCCGCAAGCCAUGCGCGCUGCAGCCGCCGCCGCCGCCGCUGCUGCUGCCGCUGGUGGUGGGGGGAGUGAUGGUGAUGAUGACGAGGAGGAGAGUGCAGGUGGCAAGGGGGAGUGA